AUGUCACAGGUGCCUGCAGCUGAGGAUACUACUACUCCAUUCUCUGAGCUGCAAAGACCCUUGCAGAUCACAGGGACAAGACCAGAGACCUUUUUCAUCAGCAGGAGAGCCAAUUUGACUUUUAGUCUGUUGCUGCUGAUUAGCUGUUACUCAGCAAUACUAAUUCCAGCCUACUUACCAGUACAGAAGACUGAUAUCCGCGACAGUAAACAUCCAAAAGAUCUGGUCUUACUAAACUUUUCGGCGGCUGUGCUCUCCAGUCCAUGCCAGCCUCAGUGGUGGCUGAGCCGUCUUCAGCCGUUGUCGUGUUCGGUGGGCCUCUUGAACAUCCCUGUCUUUGUCCAGCAGGAGGACCUGCUGUGGGAGCGGCCUCCUCCUCUGGGGCUGCAGGGCAGUGAAGUGCACCUGGCUCUGGCUCUGGCCUCUCUGCCUCAGCACGCUCUACCUCUAGCUAUAAGCGAGGAGGGCCGCUGCAGACGCUGUGUUGUCGUGGGCAACGGGGGUAUUCUACAUGGCAGCUAUCUGGGGUCACAUAUUGACCAGUAUGACAUCAUCAUAAGGUUGAACAAUGCUCCUGUGCCUGGGUUUCAAAGAGAUGCCGGUUCCAGGACCACAAUCCGGUUGGUCUACCCAGAGGGAGCACCCAGCUCUGCAGAGGAGUACAAAAACACGUCUACAGUUGCUCUCGUGGUUUUUAAAAGCCUCGAUCUGGAAUGGCUUACUUCUGUCAUCACCAAACAACCCCUGAGCUUGUGGUCCAAAAUGUGGUUCUGGAGGGAAGUGGUGGAGGAAAUUCCCCUGAGACCAGAGAACUUUCGAAUUCUCCAUCCAGAGAUUAUUCAUAAAACAGGCCAAGCUCUUCAGAAGUAUGCAGUCAAACAAGGGAAUAUGGUGCCCACGCUUGGGGCCAGUGCUGUGGUCAUGGCUCUGCAGCUGUGUGAUCAUGUGAGUUUGGCCGGUUUUGGCUAUGACAUGCAACAUCCAGAGGCAAGACUUCAUUACUAUGAGGAGAUACGCAUGGAUGCCAUGAAAGCACAAGUGGUCCAUGAUGUGAGCGCAGAGAAGCUCUUCUUGAGGGAUCUGGUGGCUGCAGGAGCUGUGACUGACCUGACGGGGGCGUUGUGA